AUGCUUUCUCAUGCGCCGACACCCGCCUUCCGACCAGCCCAACGCUCUACAGGCUACUCGUUACGAGCUCCAGACGGCUGCUGCGGAGGCUCAGCCUUCGCCUGCCCGCCGCCCUGGCUAUUCUCGCGGAUCUGUGUAUCGCACAAACUCCCUGAUCCCAUCCACCCACAUACGAACCUGCCGCGGAGGGAUACAUCCUCCGAUCGCUUGCUUCAUGUCCCCCUCCCUCUUCAUGUCCAAUUCUGCUCCUCCCCAAGAUCCACAGCCAUCGCCUCAGUCACAGCCCGCUCGACCUCGCCGCGUCCCUUCUCCCACUGCCUGUUCAUGAAAGUGGCUUGA